GUUCGUGUUCGUGAGUGAUACCUAAUGUGCACGGCACGUGUUAAUUUGCUCAAUGUGGUUUUUUCUGUCCACGUUGCAUUCCCCUUUGGAUUUAACGCCACGCAGAACUCUCUGGGAGGCAUCCCCUCCACGCUCAACUCAUCUCCCGACAUGUCUGCAAUUUUGCGUGGAGGGUGGGCAAUUGAUGUGUUUUUAGUUGGUUCUCAAUUCUUCGAAUACUGUUGUAGGCACUCUUUUAGCUUUUUUUCACCGAGGGAUUAUUGCAAAAUAACCGGGAGUCUCACGUCGUUGCGGUUCCAGCGUGUCUCGAGGUUCCUAUAGUUCAGCAGCCUCAAUUCAUACUUCAUUGGACUUUUUUUGGCAAGCGUCAAUUACCUGCUCAAAUUAUCAAAGAUUCUUUUCAAUACCAAUGUUUUUAUUUGACGUUUUUCCUUUUCUUUUCCUCAAGACCGUCUUUCCGUGUUCGUUGCCUUUCUUUGGUCAUAUACUCGGCCGCUAUGCGCGUCAUCGAGCUCAGUUGUGUCUUCUAUUUCCACACCUCUUUUUCGCCUCUUUCUGCUGCUAUUCUUUCCCUUCCUGCAUCUUCACUUUGAACUAUCCCGCUGCUGACAAACAUCGUCGACGAGACGCUUUGCGUGUAGAAUCUAACUUUACCACCCUUUAGAGUCACGAGACACACUUCCCGGGUAUCCCCUUCGACUUUCUGCUCUCGCCUGUGGUCUUUGUUUACCAGAUCCAGGGUCUAUUGUGCUUUUCACGAUCAUGCUGUUGAGCGCCUCCGCAUCUCGGUGAACAGACAACCCAACUCGGAUUCCAAACUGGAGUUUGGUUCGUUCUGCGCCUUUCGAUGUGACAGCAAGGACGAACGUUCUGACACAACCGCGCCUUCGACCUGGAUUCUGAUAACCCAGGCACACUUCAUUAGGGGCUCCUGUAUUUUCGUCACACUUUCCGGGAGCAAAAUGAUGUCUCUUCACGGAAAGUUUCCCCGGCCCCAUCGGAGAUUUGCGUUUGAGGGAGUCCACCAAAUGGACACGCCGGCGGAGUUUUCAGAUCCGAUAAGUCAAAGCGAAACUGACCACAACGGGCAGAUGCCCUUUUUUGAGUCAUCGACAGUCGAUUCGGGAAGGCCACUAAGUGGAACAUCUGACCAGUUUAGGGCCGCCAACACCCCCUCAUCUGGCGGCCAUUCCGCCCGGCGGCUUGGCUCUCACGACUCGGCAAAAACGCCUUCUCAAGACAGUCUGUUGGCCCUUCUUCGGUCCCUCGGUUCCGAUGAAAAGAAGGCCGAUUUUGGAGCUCCGCACUCUGCGAAGAAUGCCCCCAUUCCCGAUGCAUCUGUGCCUAAACAGACCUCGUCGAAGACUGUUUUUCCAGCGGCGUCCGUGCAGAACCCCACUUCGAAAGUCGCUUCCUUGUCUUCCCGUCUUGCAGUCUCUACAGGCAGGGUACCCUCGAAAAUAUCGUCCUUGUCUUCGCUGCCGAAGGCUUCGAAACGGACGGAAAACCCUGGAUCGAAAGCCUGGUCGCCGCCUUCCCUCCCUGGAGCCGCUGUCGAACGGUUAGGCUCUAAUGUCACACCGAUGACAGGCAGAAAGGCAAGUCUGCAAUGUCGGAAAGACUCCUCGGAAUCUCUGUGGCCCGCUGCCCGGCUUCCCCCAACCAGGCCUGGAGGUGAAUCCGGUGGUCCGAUCGAAAAAGUGAAAGCGAAAGAGAAGGGAAAGCUCUCCAGUGAUUCACAGACGCGUUUGCCGCUGGGAGACAGCAUGGACGACGACGAAGGUGCCCGCCGUGGGUCUGAACUCACAUCGCCAAACGCCCGACCGACUCUCCUGCAUGGGCGUUCGAAUCUCCAUCCUCUAGAAAGUUCUUUUACGGUCUUCGAUGCCACUUCGGUCCCAGAAGACGAAAGGUGUGCGGACACGGUGUCUUCGACGGCGGCACCGGGAGCUCUUAGUGCAGGGUGCUGGACUGCACACAAGCAGGAGGAACGGAGUCGGGAAGAAAGAAUUUUUCCCCUCCUGACGCUUCCUAUACAGACUGUUUCUCUUUCCGACAUCCAGGACACUUACAAGGCCUUCUCUAAACGUACAGAUCCCUCCACUCAGGGGAGUACCCAGGGGCGCGCUCUGCCCUGGGUGCUCGCCGCCGCCGCCGAAGCACAGCGAGACAGAGAAGCGGAACUGGAGAACCUUUCUCGAGCUAAAUUUCCUCUUGUCUCUGACGUAUUCUCCCCGGAGGACAAAGCUGCUUAUCUAGGCAUGUUGAACGCAUACGGGAACCCCGGUGGUCGUAGUCGUGUCCUACUCACAGCUCCAUCCUCCACCCUCUUUGUCCCUCCCCUACACGAGGACCUGGAAUGUGGCGAGUUUCGCCCGGCUCAAGAUCUCAAUACAGAAGCUGCAGCAUCCCUUUGUCGCGUUUUCGGACCCGGGCUUGAACAUGCUGAGGCGGGGCGCUUGGCGACAUUCACAAUUCAAGCAGUCAAUUCAGACGGAACGUUCAUGCGCUCGGGGGAUGCGUCGUUCACGGUCUACGUGGACCCUGUCAAGGGAUCUGCAGCUGAGCAAACUGGGAUCCGGUGGAAAAACGAACCUGACGUCUGCGCUGAAGAAGACUACGACUCCGACGCGGAGAGACUCAAUCAGUAUCGCCCUCCUGCUAGCCGAGCGACACAUCGAAGAAGAAAAGACACCCUCGACGGUUACGUGUAUAACCACGGAGACGGAACCUACACAGUGCACUAUUACUGCACGAGGGCGGCGCGUCACUCGAUUUAUGUUUAUUUGAAUGAUCAGAUUCUCGUUGGAGACUCGCCGUAUCGCGUGAACGUCACACCAGGGUCGACAGAUGGGGAGAACUGCGAGGCGUAUGGAGACGGGACGACGUUCUUCGCUCUUGGGGGGGAUUUUAGUGAGAUUGUGAUCCAAGCCAAAGACGCGCAUGGGAACAAAGUGAAGACUGGAGGAGACAAGUUCACUGUCGCGGCGUCAGGAGCUGCCAAGAUCGUUGAGAUAACCGACAUGAAGGACGGGACUUACUGGGUGAAGUACUACAUCCCCCCAGGAGCAGAGAGACACUUCGUCGAAAUCAGUAUCUCCUACCACGGGCGUCCAAUCAAAGGCUCUCCCUUUCGACCUCGGCCAGGCGGCCCACUUGAAGACGAACCUCCUCCAGCGCGCUUGUGCGACACCGUGAACGUGGCAAAUCCGUCAGACAGUCUGAUGACUUUGGCAGAGAAAUGCCAUCAGAAGUGGAGUCAGACGAAAAAUCCUCCAGCCCUCUCUCCCUAUCCACCUUUCCCCGCUUCAGAGGAGGCUGAGGCAAUCCUGCAGAGAGCGAAUCUCGACUACGAUGCUGUCGUUAUGGACACCACAGGCGAGCAUCUGAGAGAGACCACCAAGACCCUUGUACAGUAUUCCCAAGAUAUCCUCAACCGUGACAGCACAAUCCAGUCGGUCUUGAAGAGCCUGAAGGCUCACGGCCACGUUGGAAAUGUUUACGAUGCCGUCGAAAAGGGUAACCGCGAACGGCUCAAGCAGUACCUCGAUGUCAUCGCACAAUUACAAGCAGAAAUGGAUGUAACGUACAAGUCGAUCCACUACGGUGUGGUGGAUUCUCUGCCGGUCGCUCUUGAGGUUGAAGACCCCUGUGAGAUUCGCGAGAUUCACUCAAAACGGCGCCAAGCACUUAUCCAGAUCCACAAAAAUCUGGAGAAGAAGGAAACAGAACUUCGACAACGCGAGGCGCGCUUCAAGGCGCAGAGACUCAAAUUUGUCUCCGGAAUGGCAGAAGAACUUGAGAGAAGGAGAGAAGCAGUCGACAUGGAGAAAGCAGCUCUCAAAGAGAACACGCAAUACAUUCUCCACCUCACGCAACUCAGUCUCAAGAAACACCUUCGCCGAGAGAUGCUCAUUGCAUGCGAGCGGGAGCCUGUGGAGGCCUUCAAGUCGAAAUUCUGGCAACGCGACUUUAAUCGGAUGUUGGUCGACACACCUGCGUUGUCGGAGGGCAAGGCGAAGGCGGGUGGCGGCGAAGGCGAUGAUAAAGACAAAGAGACUGUUGAAGAGUAUCACCCUGCGCCGAGUAUUCCUGAUGACCCCAGUCGUCCUUCGAUGUGGCUGCACAAGGGUGAAUUCAACUCUGCGGGAUCGACUGACUUCGGCAUCCCGAAAAUCAAACAUGAUCCCAGUGCACGCCUUAUUCGAGAACGGCGCAUGUAUGGGGGAGGGAACCCUACGUUUGUGUCUUAUUCUCUUGGCUCCUCCCCUCCACCGCCGAAUUCCUCUGAGGUACCGAAGAAAGAAGAGGCUCCUGGAAAGAGACAGGCAGUUCAAGGGCAUCGGGCUUCGCCGAGUGGAUCAGAGAGCGACGCCGAAGAACGGCCGAAACAAAAAGAUCUGAAAGAGGAAACGGGAAGGGAACGCGUCGAGAUGGAAGAUCCAAGGUACCCUGGAUUCCCCUUUGAAGACCUGCCAGACGAGCUCGCGAUUCCCUACCCCAGGACACCACCGCCUCCACCGCCCCCGCGGUAUUUAUAGAACUGUCUGGGUUACUUUUCUGCCCAGUCAAUGUACCGCUGUAACGUCUAUGCGUCCUUCAGCUCCGUUUGCGCUUGCUUUCCUCAUGCCGAAUAAACAAAGCCAGAACCAGAGAAGAGCACACAGAUGGAGAGAAACACUGUACUCGUACAAAUGUGGAUGGUUGGGAAGCGAGACAAGGCGAAUCCUGCGAUUUGACAAGUUUGUGUCAACAGCGAGAAGACGUGCACGUGGUUUUGUACAGAGGAAACUCGAAGAAUGAAAGAGAGAAGGAUGUGUGUGUCCAAGAAGGGCUUCCCAAGAGGCGGACAAGAGACUGGGAGAAAGAGGACUUUGAAUGGAGAAAAAAAUCGUUUUCAUCAACGCAUGGACUGACGUACUUAACGCCUAUGCAUUUGCCGAUGGUUCUCUGUUUUUUCUCCGUUUCCGGUUUCUGUGACUUCAGUCUUUCCCGUGCACUACUUCCGGGCUUCCUCCUCAGUUCUUGUUUCAAAACGCCGUCUUGUGUCACACAGUCUUUCGUUUUGUUGUUCGUUCUCUUGCGUUUUCCCUCCCUCCGUUCAGGCGGGUUCGCUUUUGUGGUUGCUCAUCUCAUUUUCACCAUUUCACAGGGAAUCUUCUGAGAGUGUACCUGCUUUUCACUGACCGAUGCCUCGGGAAUGCCCCCGAGUGAACUAAAGCAAUGCAGUUAGCUGAUAAAAGCAGUGGUCGCG